GCGUGUUAUGCGGCAUCAGCGGUUGGAUAUUUGACUGGACGACCUGGUGUCUGUCUUGUAGUUUCUGGUCCAGGAUUAUUGCAUGCUCUUGGAGGAAUGGCAAAUGCAAUGAGUAACUGCUGGCCUGUGUUAGUGAUUGGUGGGUCAAGUGAUGUUGAUCAAGAAAGCAUGGGUGCUUUUCAAGAAUUUCCACAGGUUGAAGCAGCAAGACCUUACAGCAAGUAUUCAGCAAGACCAAGCAGUGUAGGAGUGAUACCAUUCUUUGUUGAAAAGGCAGUGCGGACAAGUAUGUAUGGAAGACCUGGUGCAUGUUAUCUGGACUUACCAGGGAAUAUGAUUACAGAGAAGGUUGCAGCCUGCAAGGCAAGGAAAAUUUGCUGUUCACCUCCUCCACCCAAGUGUCUAGCCGAUCCAUUUGCUGUUGACAAAGCUGUCCAGGUUCUCAGUGAAGCAAGAAAACCUCUAGUUAUAAUUGGAAAAGGUGCUGCAUAUGCAUGUGCUGAGAAACCUCUCCAGGAAUUUGUAGAGAGAUGCAAGUUGCCAUUUCUCCCCACCCCCAUGGGGAAGGGAGUGAUUUCUGAUGAACAUCCCCUCUGUGUAGCUGCAGCAAGAUCAAGAGCCUUAUCUCAAGCUGAUGUGAUCUUUCUGUUUGGUGCAAGAUUGAACUGGAUUCUUCAUUUUGGGAAACCGCCAAGAUUUAGGCCUGAUGUUAAAAUAAUACAGGUUGAUCUCCAUGCAGAGGAAAUGAAUAACAAUGUACGUGCAGAGGUUGUGCUUUUGGGAGAUUUAAACAGAGUAGCAGAACAGCUGGGAGAAGCAGUAAAGAGUAAGUUUGGAGAAGAUCUAGCAAAUCUAUGUGGUUCCCCCAGCUGGAGAAAAGAACUUAAGGAAAAGUCAGAAACAAACAAACAAGUCAAUGAGGAACUUGCCAACGAGACUUCUGUUCCAAUGAAUUACUACCAAGUUUAUGGUCAGCUCACAAAGCGUUUACCGCGUGACUGUGUUGUAGUUAAUGAAGGAGCAAACACAAUGGACAUUGGACGAACCAUGAUACCCAAUCACCUCCCUCGAAACAGGCUAGAUGCGGGCACGUUUGGUACAAUGGGAGUGGGAACUGGUUUUGCCAUCGCUGCUGCUCUGUUAGCUGAGUCCGAAGCUGAUGACAAAAAUCCCCCCAGGAGGGUGGUGUGCGUCCAAGGCGACAGUGCUUUUGGUUUCUCAGGAAUGGAGCUUGAAACUGCAUGCAGGUAUAAUCUGCCAAUCGUCUUCAUCAUAGUAAACAACAAUGGUAUCUACAACGGAGUGGACGAGGAAAGCUGGGACGAGUUGGGAAUCAAUCCUGCAAAAAGUGCACCUCCAACAGCUCUUUUACCCAAGGCACGGUAUGAGAGAAUCAUCGAAGCAUUUGGAGGAAAAGGUUUCUUCGCAGAGACUCCGGAUGAACUGAAGAAAGCGUUGGAAAGUGCUUUCGUCGAGACGGGAAAGAAUAAGAAACCAGUGUUGAUCAACGUCAUGAUAAGCCCCUAUGCCGACCGCAAACCGCAGGAAUUUUUCUGGCUUACACGCUCAAAGAUGUGAAUUUUAUUGCCAUGGGAAUCACCGCCAGAUGAUAGGAGAUGAGAUCGAACUCAUGAGGAUAAGAGAUCAGAACGUGCUGCACUCAAUCAAGAUCUUUCCUUCGAAUUGGUAGCCUGCUAAGAGAAAUGGAAAAUCACAAAUAACAAAAUCACAAAAGACGGAAUCAAGACGCGUUGAUUAACUCUAAUACUUAUGCUCUCAAGCUGUAUUGACCUCUAGAUUCUUCUCAACGACUGCUUAAGACAUACCCACUCCCGUCUACUGUGCAGGAUCAAGGCAAGCCUUAGAUAGCCUUCCUGACAACUUUACACAGUGGAGCUAAUGAAGAGUCGAGCUCAGACGAAGGCCCUGGAGAUGGGCAAUGCUGUGGAGACUUAGACCUUGCCUUUUUGGGGUGGGGAAAUGAACCUGAACUCUCAAAACUUCCUAGUGGAAUAAACGUGUUUUAUCAUUUAAUAUGGACGUGUUUAAUGGUUGAUAAUGUACAUGAAAAAAUCACAUGCUUCUGAUUGGCUGAAAGAGAGUGCAUUUUUCAUGUAACGCGAGUAGAGAUUACAAAUAUUCUGUUUAAGACAGAUACCUAGGGGAAACAGACGCUGGGUACAGCAACAUGGAUUGUUACUUGAGUAACAUUUUGAAGAACUGUGUGAAUUAAAACGUAAAAUGAAGUUAAACACAUGUUGGAAUUUUUGCUUUAUAAAUAGAGUUGCCCAAGCAGGCGAAUUGUUGGAAAACGA